GCCGGCCCUACAAAGGCGGCGGUCCCCAGCCCUUUCCUCCUCCUCCUCCUCCUCUUCUUCCUCUUCCCCCGGCCCCCGUCCCGCUGCCGGUGUCUCCAUGGCCCCGCUCCGGGCGCUCCGCUUCUGCGCCGCCCUGGCCCUGGCGCUGCUCCCCGCGGCCGUGCGGGGCGAGGAGGAGGCGGCGGGAGAUUGCCACCAGUUCACAAACAGGAGCUGUGAGGAGUGCCUGAAGAAUGUCACCUGCCUGUGGUGUGCCAGCAGCAAGCAGUGCGUGCCCUACCCUGUGCGGCGGAUCCUGCCACCGGCCGACCUGUGCGAGCUCCGCUCUGCGCGCUGGGGAGUCUGCUGGGUGAACUUUGAAGCCCUGAUCAUUGCGAUGUCUGUGGUGGGAGGAAUGAUCCUUAUCAUGCUGGCUGUCUGCUGCUGCUGCUGUUGCAAGAAAAAGAGCAAAAAGCCAGACAAGGAGGACGAGCGAGCGGCCCGGGAGCGGGAGCGGAGACGGGUGCGCCAGGAGGAGAGGAGAGCAGAGAUGAAAUCGCGGCACGACGAAAUCCGAAGGAAAUACGGGCUGUUCAAGGAGGAGAACCCCUACGCCAAGUUCGACAACUAGCCCCCAGCCCCUGCGGCACCGCGUCCUCACCGAGCCACGGGACACGGGACGGGGACACCCCCGGCCAGGAGGAGAGCACCACGGCACUGGCACCGGGGCUGUGCUGUGCUGGGUGCCAGCGCUCCCUGGGCUCCGGGCUCCGCUCUUGGCCUCGCCUGCCCCGCGGUGAGGGCCGGAGCCUCCCGGUGGAAGCCCCCCCGGUCCCUGGGGGGCUGGGGCGGGCCGGUCCCGGGGCUGUCCGUGGGCUCUGCCUUUUUCUUGUGCCUUUCGGGGCCUCUCCCGGCAGCGCCGGGGGGGGCGGCUGCGAGCCGAGCAGCGCAUUAAAACCUCCGCUCACCGCGC